GCAGUAGAUGAAAAAGUGUAUAAUUUUCCUCUGACAAACACUUUUUCAAAUGACUCAGCAGCACGAUUCACAAAAUCUUCACUCAAAUUGCAGUAGAACUCAUGGAUGACUUGUUUGACAUAAGAGAACUGGCGAAUGAGGCUGAAAACCUGAAAAGGCCCUUCACAGAAGAUAGUCUAGUGUUGAAGGUAUUGAGAGCUUUACCAGAGAGUUAUGCAAUGGAUGCCAAAGCUAUUCGCCAAGCACAUGACAUAAAGAACAUGACGCUUGAUCAGCUGAUGGGAAAUCUUGAGACCAUUGAGCUUCAAAUGAACGAAGAAAUUAACCAGAAGAACAGUGUCAAACAGAUUGCAUUUCACAGCCACAAUACUGAAGAAGAAGAUGAUGAUGAGGAUCCAUCAGAUGGAGAUUAUCAAGAACAGUUAUCCCUCAUCACCAAGCAGUUCAAGAAGCAAUGGAUGCAGAAGAAAGGAAGAACAAAUUAUCAAGCUGAAUCUUCAAAGGGAUUUCAAUUUAGAAAUCCAAGGCCAAAGGAGAGCAGGGCCCCAGCUGAUGACUCCAAACGAAGAGGACCUCAAUGCUUUGAAUGUGGGGGAUUUGGGCACAUACAAUCAGAAUGUGCAAAUAACCUAAAAAAGAAACGGCAAGCUUUUGUGUCAACCUGGAGCGAUGAAGAAGACGACUCUGAAGAAGUCCUAGGGAAAAGCAACUGUGCAUUUACUACUCAAACACAGAAUGAAGAACCAGACGUCCUCACUAACCGACUUGUGAUGCUGCAGGAAGAGUUGAAUAGCCUUCGUAAAAAGCUUGAUGAAACCAUGCAGCAACUGGAACAGGUCGAAGGUGAAAAGGCAAAUCUAAAUUAUGAACUCACUCAACUCAAAAGCUAUCAAAAGUGGAUGAAGAGUGCAAGUGCUGAACACAUUGAAGACCUCGUAGACAAGUCAAGGUUUUAUGGAGACAGAACUGGCAUUGGUCAUACUCUACCAGAGAGCAGCAAAACACCCCUUGAUUUGUUUGUAACAAGACCAAAGAUUGCUGCUGAAGAAUUGAAAGAAUACAACAGAGACAAGAAGGAAGCAGUUCAGUCUACUCACAUUCAUGGGGGAGUUACGAGACUUACGCACGUUUACUCCGUUUCACCUCUGUUCGCCGUUCCUGUUCGUCAUCUGUCUGCCAGGGAGAGCGAGCAGCCGCAGCAACCGCCGCGAUACUCCGCCGCUAUCAUCACCGUCGACGCCAGUGAUUUCCGACCGACGUUCCCGCCUCGUCCCUCCGUCGCGCGCGGCAGGCCGGGGAAACCAGGGGAGAGUUGCAGCGGCGAGUUCACUCCAAUUCAAGUUUAAUUUGUCGUUUUUUCGAGGUAGGAACACAGAAUUUGAUGGGCAACCCGGAGGGCAGUGAAGUGGUGGUGGCGUGGAUGGCUCUUGUUUACUUUAGUAAUUAAACUACAUUAUUUUAUUUGAUUAUAUGGAUUGUUAGACGUUACUUUGGUUUUAUUAUGUUUCCGCGACUUUUGGACUUGUUUUAUUACUCCGAUAAUUUUUGGCUGUGCUCUUCAAGAACCUUCCUUUUCUUUUCACCACAUUCUCAUUUGUUCCUUUUUCUCAUCUCAAAAUUUUUGUCUAACAUCUCUCUUCCGUUUACAUUCUCAUAUUUCUUUCUCUUUUAUUUUCAUUAUUUUCUCUCUUUCUAUAUCAUUUGCUUCAUCUUCAGAUCUAGAUUCUCCGAUCCGUACUAAUUGCUAACCAAGUUCGAAGGGAGAAAUCAAUUUUUUUCAUGUCAUUUGCGAUUUCAUUUUUUAUUUUAAGUUACAUUGAGAAGCAGACCUAAUAGUGUGAAACUCUGGCCGAAGAACAUUUCAUGAAAUUCUCCAUGUUAUCGGACAAUGCAGAAUUGGUUUCAAUUAGCAAUAUCCAAGGAAAUUUAAUCUGUGAAUAAAAGAGGAAGGUUCAUAUCCAUUAGAGCAAAUAAUGCACCGGUUCAGUCAUUGAUGAGGAAAGAAAAGUGAGAAGUGCAAAGGUCUCCUCAACAAUCCCAAAGGACAACACAAUUGAUACGGAGUAUUAGAAAUUAAUGGUGGUGGGCGGCUUAUCUUUUUUGUCAACAAUUCCAAAGAACACUUAUAACCAUAGAUUUGUCAUGGGUUGUAGUUAUACGGUCCAGAUUUUUUUUUCUCUCUUUUUUUUAUUUCUUCCCCCCAAAAUCUUUUGCUUUUGUAUAGAGUAUAGAUUUUUUGGUAGUUUGUUAGGGUUGUUAGUUUGUAUAUAGCUCUUGUUUUAGACUCCUUGCUGGUGUGUGAAGAAUUACCAAAAGAAAUGCUUUUAUUCAAU